CCGUGCCUGGUAGGUACCGGGUAGGUAGGUACUCACCCUACCAAUCAAUCAAGAGCAUCACCAAAAUUUGCACCUGAUGAAACAACCAACACCAUCAACAGCAUCGCUCGCAUCUCUCGCGUCUGCCCGCGUGGCAUCGCACGCCCCGGCUUCCGGGCCGAGGCUUGGGCCCACCUCAUCGCAUUCUUUUUUUGUCCGUUUGUAUCACUAUAUCGUCUUACUAGCAGAGCGUCUCUACAGCCGCUCCUAUCGAUCUUAUCCUUCGGACUGUGUUCGCAUCCAUGUUACUGUACGGUAGAUCCCAGGCUUGGCCACGUCUUCAUGCAAUUCUCCAUAUCCCGGCCGCAUUCGGCCGCUUGCUCCGAGACAGAGGUGCCCUUUUCGGAUGCGUUCAUCGUGAAUAUAAACGAUGAUGCUUCCUGCUCCUGAUAGGCGUUGGGCAAGAACGUAUCAUCAGAGUUCGUGCAUAUUCUCCUUGACCUGAAAAAGCCUGCUUUCUUCUCUGUACAGCUACCAAGAAUCAAGAAACUGUGUUCGGCGCAGGUGAAGAUCCCAGUAUAUCUGUUUACCACCCUUCGCAUGGACGCCAAUCUGGAAAAGACCAAGUCUGGUCAGGAUAAUUCCGGUUCCGGCUCGCAUAGAGGAGCAAAAGAGGUGGAAGGUGCCUUGAAAUACUAUGUCCGAAUAUUCCGAUACGCCGACAGAUACGACUGGCUUCUAAAUGUUGUGGCCACCAUCUGUGCCAUCACAUCGGGGGCGUCCCUCCCUCUGAUGAGUUUGAUCUUUGGAGAUUUCACCAACAAAUUCAAUAAUUAUGCGGCUGGCCGGACCACGCCAGCACAGUUCAGGAGUGAUGUCGACCAUUAUGUGCUAUGGUUUGUAUAUUUGUUCGUGGGCAAGUUUGUGGUUACAUACGUUGCUACUGCGGCAAUCACCAUAUCGGCAACCCGAACAACACGCAAUCUUCGACAAGCAUUUCUCGAAUGUACCCUUCGGCAAGAGAUCUGGCACUUUGACAAGCAGGGCAAUGGCGCAACGGCGACCCAAGUCACCACCAAUGGGAGCCGGAUUCAAAUGGGGAUCGCUGAGAAGUUGGUGCUCAGCAUCCAGUCCCUGGCCAUGUUCUUCGCUGCUUUCAUCGUGGCACUGGCCACACAAUGGAAAUUGGCGUUGAUCACAAUGUCUAUCAUCCCUGCCAUUUUUAUAAUCACCAGUGUAUGUCUGAUCAUCGAUGCGGUCCAGGAAGCAAGGAUUACCCGGAUAUACUCUCGAGCUGCAGCCCUAGCCGAAGAAGUUCUAUCGUCGAUCAGGACUGUGCAUGCCUUUUACGCGCAAAACAAAAUGGUGGAAAAGUACGAGGUCUUUCUCCAGCAGGCGCACAAAGAAGGUAACAAGAAGUCUCCCAACUGGGGUGUCCUCUUUUCCACCGAGUACUUCUGCGUAUAUUCUGCAAUCGCGCUUUCCUUUUGGCAAGGCUUCAGGAUGUAUCAACGUGAUGAAGUGAGUGAUGUGGGCAAAGUGUUCACGGUGGUCCUUUCAGUCCUUAUUGCGGCCACAUCAAUAUCCACCUUGGUGCCACAACUCCAGUCGCUCACCAAUGCGGCGUCAGCUGCUUCAGAGCUGUUCAACAUUAUCGACAAGCCAUCUCUUCUGGAUCCCCUAGCCACGUCAGGAAGGCAACCUUCAAGCUGCGAGGGUCAUAUUGAACUCAAAAAUAUCGAUUUUGCAUAUCCCUCGCGCCCCUCGGCUCGAAUCUUGCAUGAAUUCAGCCUAAACAUACCGGCUGGAAAGACGACAGCAUUAGUGGGAGCAUCAGGCUCGGGCAAGAGUACGCUUGUGGGUCUCCUGGAACGAUGGUACCUCCCAGCCGCCGGCGAAAUUUACUUAGAUGGCGUUGAACUAGCCGAAUUCAACGUCAGAUGGCUGAGAAACCGUAUCCGUCUGGUGCAGCAGGAGCCUACCUUGUUCCGAGGGACGGUCUUCCAGAACAUCGCCAACGGUUUUGGAGACGCGCAAAGGCAGUUGGCAAUGGAAAACCAAAAGGAGCUUGUGGUUGAAGCAUGCCGAGCUAGCAACGCGCACGAUUUCAUCAUGGAGCUUCCCGAAGGCUAUGAGACGGAGCUGGGCGAACGGGCCGGUACUUUGAGUGGCGGACAGCGUCAACGUAUCGCCAUUGCACGCAGUAUCGUGUCAGACCCAAAAAUCCUUCUCCUCGAUGAAGCUACCAGUGCCCUAGACCCAAAAGCUGAGAAAGUGGUACAAGAUGCGCUGGACCGGGUAUCUGCUAAGCGCACCACAUUGGUCAUUGCGCACAAAUUAGCAACAAUCAAGAAUGCUGACAGCAUUGCUGUCAUAUCAAACGGCAAGGUUGUCGAACAGGGCACCCAUGAAGAACUUAUGGAGCUCAAUGGUCACUAUGCUAGUCUUGUGCAUGCGCAAGAUCUCGGUUCCAGCGACAGAGAAGGUGCCUUGGAGGCGUUCAGUGAGAAGGACUUGGAAGAGCCUACAACGCAACCGCUUGCCCUCCAACGAACCGCAACGACCACUGCAACGUCCAUAGCCGGAAACCCGGAGGGGCAGCAGCAACAGCCUGUUGGAACCGUUGGCUACUCUCUCUUACGGUGCAUCUUAGUCAUGUUCAAAGAACAGAAAUCAUUGUACUGGUGCUUCGUUCUUUCCACGGUUGCUUGCUUGAUUGGAGGAGCAACCUUUCCGGCGCAGGCGCUUCUUUUUUCGAGACUCUUGGGUGUCUUUCUAAAGAGCGGGCACGAAGCCCGCGAUCGUGCCGACUUCUACUCUCUGAUGUUCUUCGUCGUGGCCCUGGGAAAUUGGGUGGCAUACUUCACAAUUGGAUGGGUUUGCAACAUCAUUGGACAGACAAUCACACAUCGAUACCGGUCGGAGAUGUUUCAACAAAUCUUGAACCAAGACAUUGAGUUUUUUGACAUCCCGGAAAAUACUUCAGGGGCAUUGACAUCGAAACUCUCGGCUCUCCCUACACAGUUGCAAGAAUUAAUCUCUGCUAAUGUUCUACUGAUCUUCAUUGUCCUGGUCAAUAUCGUAUCGAGCAGUGCGUUAGCUAUUGCGUAUGGAUGGAAACUCGGGCUUGUCGUCGUGUUCGGGGCCCUUCCACCGUUGGUGGUAUCCGGGUACGUCCGUAUUCGCAUGGAACUUAAACUCGAGGAGAAGAAUUCGGCAAGCUUUUCGGAAAGUGCUGGUCUUGCAAGCGAGGCUGUCAUUGCGAUACGGACUGUUGCAUCCCUUACUCUCGAAGCCAAGAUACUCCAAGACUACUCCCAAAUGCUAAACCACGUCGUUCUCAGGUCAAUCAAGGCCCUGACCUGGACUAUGUUCUGGUACUCCCUGUCCCAGUCUCUGGAGUUUCUCGCAAUGGCUUUGGGCUUCUGGUAUGGCAGUCGAUUACUGGCGUCGGGUGAAUACAGUACAAGCCAAUUCUACAUCAUUUUCUUGGGUGUCCUCUUCGCUGGACAGGCAGCUGGGCAGUUUUUCAGCUUCACGUCGAGUCUCACGAAAGCUACUGGUGCUGCGAACUACAUUCUGUGGUUACGGACACUGAAGGCAACCAUUCGGGAAACAGAUGACAACAAAGACAUUGGCCCCGAGGGGGACGGCCCCAUCGAUCUCGAGGACGUUGAGUUCCGCUACCAGCAGCGGCAGACGUCUCGAGUCAUCCGCGGGGUCUCCAUGGCUAUCCAACCGGGCCAGUUCGUGGCGUUUGUCGGUGCAUCGGGCUGUGGUAAGUCGACGCUCAUCUCCCUCCUCGAGCGAUUCUACGAUCCUACCUCCGGACGGAUUUGCUUGGCGCACAAAGAUAUUUCAACCAUGUCACCCCGACUAUACCGCGGCCAUAUUUCGCUCGUGCAGCAGGAACCGACGUUGUACCAAGGCUCUGUGCGAGAAAAUAUAUCCCUUGGUCUUGACUAUGUUCCUUCGGAUGACAAGAUCAAGGAAGCCUGUCGCAAAGCCAACGUCCUCGAUUUUAUCACGUCGCUACCGCAGGGCUUAGACACCCCUUGCGGCUCGCGCGGCAUGCAGUUCUCGGGAGGUCAGAGGCAACGCAUAGCCAUUGCCAGGGCCCUCAUCCGUGACCCGCGGAUUCUAUUGCUCGAUGAAGCUACCUCAGCGCUAGACACACAGUCGGAACGGCUCGUUCAGGCCGCUUUGGAAGACGCGUCCGCCACGCGCACCACGGUGGCCGUCGCACACCGCUUGUCCACAAUACGCGAUGCCGAUGUUAUCUAUGUCUUUGCUAACGGGAAAAUCGCCGAGAUGGGAACACAUGCCGAGUUGCAGCGGCUCAGAGGGAGAUAUUACGAAAUGUGUAUGGCGCAGUCGCUGGACCGAGCAUAGCUGACUGACGGGCCAGCCGCUUUGCAGCGCUAAUGGGUUCAUCGAUUGUGAGCGGUGCCUAUAUGCGAUGUUUAGAUGUAGAGGGAUACCGUAGAUUAGUCUCUCCUCCUUUUACAUUACAGAACGGUGGACAAUUUUUAGUGACUGAUAAAAAAAUUGAAGCAGAAAGGGUCUAGUACAGAUGACUUCUUCAGUUAUUCAAGGCGUCCGAC